UGAGCCUGAAGUUCCUACUCCAAGUUGGCUGGACCUGAAGUUGCCCGCGGUCGCGAUGCGCGGAGUUGUUCGUUUGGCACACAUGUGAACGGAUGAACCUCUGGGGAGUGAGUCUGACGGUCGGAGGGCCUUGAAAUUCCUUGAAAAUGCUUCUCGCUAGUAGGCCACAGCAGGACUGGUUGUAUAAUAGGGCGGUGUAGGGUUGCAACAGAGCAAAUCAGUUCGUCUGCUCGUCUGUGCGCUGGAUCUCAAUUUCUGCAGCGCCUGUACUAUAUUGCUGGUGUGUGAGGGGCAACGAAAGCUGGAGCGAACUUUGGAAUCUCACGAGUUUUGUGAAGGUCUCUUGCGAAUUGAAGUCUUGGCACACACAUGUGAGUUAGAAGACAACUCCGCUUCAGUUUCACUCGAGAGGGUGCUAUUAUCACCAUCAUCUUACCACCGACUUUUUGUAGUCGUUCGGAACAAUCAAGUAAUCAUGCGUGUCAGGGCGUAGCUGCCGCCGAGUGGCGUGUAGGGUACUACCAUUACAAGUUUUAUAGCAGCACGUCAUCGGAAUCUUCUGGAGAGAAAGACGAGCUUAGAGAAAUAAAAGCUUCGAGAAUCCAAGUGGUGGGGAGGAGGGAGCUCGAUAUGGCAGUACAGGUAAUCAACCAGUUGAAUGAUCUACCGGAUGAGCUUUUGGCUGCAAUACUUGGGUUUCUGCCUUGGUAUGAGGUGAUGCGCCUGCGAAGCGUCUCGAAGAAGUGGGACGAUCUGCUAAGAAGCAAAGAGUUCCGGAAGAUAUGGCGAGGUUCACAAACGAAUCUGCAUUUUCAUUCAGAACGACUAGCGUUCGUGUGGUAGGCGCUGCACAUGGUCUUCUGCUUCUUCAGCUGUACCGCCCUCGGAAUGAGAAAGGCGGUAGAUCCAUGAAGAUUGAGCUCUUUGUCAUGAAUCCGCUCGAUCCGUCAACCAAGAAAAGAAUCUCUUUACUGGCCCACUUGGAGGACCACUUCGCAGCCAAAAUUCUGGGCCUUGUUUGGAAUGACAUCACCCAGUCCCAUCAAAUCCUUGUCCAGUACCAGCCAGAGUUGGGAUGGCUAGAACCGAAAGACAAUGUCUCGUGGAUUUUCUACCGUUAUGACUUGCAAAGCGGUGCGUGGGAACAGCUUGCAAGAUGGCCCAGAGAUAGACUCGUCGAAUUCCAGCAGCCUUGCAUGCAAGGUGGAAGUCUUAGCUGCUUGGGCAAGGCAAGCCUCUCCAUCAUGCCCGACAGGUGGCGUCCUUAUAGCCUGGAUGCAUCCCACAAGAAUUGGCUGAGAGAACCGACCUGGAUGCGAGCUGAGAACCUUUCGUUUCCUCAGAACGUGCAAUUCACCGCUCUCGCUCCUCACAAUCACGGCGUAAUAUUUGCAGCCGGCAAGGUGCGGUCCAAGCAACUCGAUUACGGCAGGAUCUCGGUCUUGCAAGAAUUCAGCGUAUGGAAAUUGCAGUCGGGACAACCGGCGCAGCAGUCCAAGAAGGACGUACGAGAGUGGGUCAAAAUCUCUGAGAUGCCGGAAGCAAUCGUCGAGAAGAUCAAUGACUUCAAAAAGCAGAAGCAGUUUCAGAGUGCAGCGACGGACGGAUUUGUCGUUGUUGCGAACAGUCUGAGGGAAGGCGCAAUGUUUGACAUGCAGAAACAGAUGUGGUGGAAAUUACCCGCGCACCCGUCCAGCUACGCCACGGAUGCACCCUAUCAUGCAGCGAUUCUCCACUGCCUGGACCUGAGGAAGCUCGAUGUGCACUUAUGCGAACCCAGGUUUGACAUUGUUCUGUAGUCAGCUGAUCACGAUGGAAACUAAAGGACCGAUCGUGAUUGAUUUGUACAUAGUCGUUUAGUACAGAUUUUAGGCUAUAGGCUUGCUCUUCCGGUAUUCUUCUGCUUGCAUGUAAAUAAAGCAGAAAGUAGCGCUGUCAAUUUCGAGCGAAUGCAUUCUUGGACCUCUGUUUCUGUCUGGAGAUAGAAGGUCUUGGAAGCCAGCAAAAUCUUUCGCAGCUUUCCGUUGUCGAGCAGAUAAGUUUAAGUCGAUUAUGCAGUGUCAGUGCACAUGACACAAUAAUUUUCAAUCCUGAUCUUAUUCUAAGCUACUUCGAUCAGAGAAACUGCAGCCUGGCCUUAUACUCAUACCUACCGCAUUCGGUACGUGUCGGUACUUCCGUCUCACAGAGCAAAUCUCUGUGGAAGAUUAUUCGCUGCUCACAGGAAUAGAAAUUGACAU